AUGAAUAACAUAUUUGGUCUGGUGUGUAUUCGCUGCUCUCUCACAAUUGCCGCCAUAGAACAACCUUCUUCAAGCCAACAUUCCAUUUCCAAGAAAAGAAAAACCACCGCUUCCUUCCAGUUACGCUCUUCCGAUACGCAGUUUCCCGACACUACCGUCUCGCCGGAAGCUUCCGUCAGUUCUACCGGCACGGUUGUUUCCGGCGAUUUUUGCUCCGAUCGCUCUUGCUGCAGCUCCAGCCACUUUAAGGACCUCCACUCCGUGCCGUCAGAUCUGCAGACCAAGGGUUUCCAAACGGUAGAGGACUCAACCAACCGCUACUUCAAACCGUUCAGGUUUUUAUUCUACUUAUUUUUUGUUCGAGUUCUUUCUCAUGUACGCGCACACGAUCAAUCUUCUAACGAAACGUUGCCACCGAAACACUGCGUAUACAUACAUUUAUUUUAUUUUAUUUUAUUUUAUUUAUUUAUUUGCUUCGGUUUUGGUUGUUCAGUGAAAGUAGAGUAA